UCUUCAUCUCCCACUCUUGCCACUAUAUUACGCUAAGUUGGAUAAUGGUCCAUCCAUUCCUGCAUCCCAGAGGCUGGCUGACUAGAGAUGCUUGUGGAGAGGGAAGAAGAGGAGGGGUAGUCUAUAGAACAGGGGAGCCAUUUUUCACAGCCUAUUUCUUUUUCACUAUUGGGCAGGAUUUCUUGGAGGGAGACCCAGCAUGAUUUCUUUGAUGGAGCAAAGGGAAGAACUACAGGUUGGGAAUGAAGACCUGGGCCAAGAACCGGAAGAAAGGGAAAGCAGGCAAGAUGCCCACACAGAAGAUGGAAGGACCAGUGAGAAUGAAGACUGGGAAGAAGAGGAGGAGGAGGAGGAAGAAUCUCCAGUUGCUCCUGAAGGCCAUGACCCCGAGGAUCCGCUUGAGGUCACCCCACAAGUCCUAGACUGGGAAGAGGCCUGUGAGGCUCUACACAGCAGGAGUGACCAGGAUGGGGACAGGAAUGUCAGGCCCCAAGGGGAAAAGCCCACACCGGGGAGAUGUUCCUGGGGUAACCAACAUUGUCGGCUCAGCUACCGUCAUGCGGGUACCAUCUCCCCGAGAUUCUUUGACUGCCCUGAUUGCGGGAAGCGGUUCACACUGAGUUCCCACCUGAUCCGGCACCAGCGGGUGCACACCGGGGAGAGGCCGUUUGGGUGCCGAUCCUGCACCAAGAGCUUCUCUCAGAGGUCAGACUUGGUGCGCCACGAGCGGACACAUGCCGGGGUCAAGCUGUACCGGUGCACCCAGUGUGACAAAUCCUUCUCGGAGAGCUCCCACCUCAUCCGCCACCAGAUCAUCCACUCCGGGGAGAAACCUUUCAAGUGCAAUGUUUGCGGCAAGCGUUACGGUGACAGCUCCUACCUCACGGUGCACCAGCGAGCCCACACGGGGGCUCGGCCUUACCGCUGCGCCCGCUGCGGAAAGAGCUUUGGCCGAUCUUCGACUCUCAUUCGUCACCAGCGGGUGCAUGGGGACCCAGCGCCUGUCCCUGGGGACAAGCCGCGCCCCCGAGGCAUUUGGACAGCGUUUGCCUGCCUGCCAAGUGAUGGGGAUGCAGAACAAAUUCUUUCUCCUCAGAGGGCAUCGACAUCCCCUGAGCCAUCCCUGGCAUCAUCCGUGCUGUCCCUGCCACCUCCUCCACGGAUUGACCCACGUUCCAUGAGGAUUAUGGGGUGGCAGUGGGGGGUAGAAUAAAAAGCAGAAGGGUGGUCAAGUGGCAGAGAAUCGUAGUGGAGCUGCGCCUGCUGGAAGGAGUUGGCCAGUGCUCAAGACCACAGGAUUGGACUGACAGGUGGACAUCAUCUGCCUGGUUGCCAGGGUUCCCUAAGGUGAUCCAAAGGAGGAAGAAUUACCAUGGUUACAAAAUAACUCCUAAUUUUGUAAGAGCUGAUGGACCCCCUCAGAAAGGCUGGCGGAGGGCGGGAAAGCUCUUGGCUGAGCGUAUUUCAUGGUUGGGAAUGAUGUGGGUUAGGUAACUGGAGGGGGUGGCUCUUUUCUUACCAAUAAUUCAGUUUUGGGGAACAUCAGAACGGCACAACAGAAUAGUAUUCCAAAGCAAAAGAUCAAUUGCCUGAGUUACUAAGUUGAGUCCCUUGGUUUGGCUGGGGUAAUUAAUUGCCAGGGGGAGGGAUGUGCUGAUUGCCAAGGUAAUCCGUGGGGCGAUAAUUUGGUUUCUGGGGCAACAUCAAAAAAAGGAGAAUUGGUUGACACAUCAGUCAAAUGUAUGUUUGCAUCCUAGGGCCAAGAUUACAAAAUAGGUUGCUUUAGGCAGCUGGUUGCUAAGAAAAGAAUGUUGCCUUGGUAUCCAGGUAACUAAAAUAGUGGAGGUUUUAGUAAACCUUUGGUUGUUGAAAGAGGAGGAUAAAGAAUUGGCCAUGUCGUCUUACUUGACUGGUUUCCAUGGUGACAGAAGAACAUUAACGGGUUGAUGGCUAAUGGAGUGAAGAUCAAGGGACUUGAUGACUAGCUUUAUUUGGCUACUUCACCAAAGGGAGGACGUGGAGAACAGCUGAUUGGGAUGAAGUGCAGCAGUUCUGGAGUUGUGUUCAUGGAAACAUCAGCAUAUGCUGACCAAAGAGCUGGCAUUUGCUGAUUCGGAAUCCAAGUGUGUCUUGGAAAGACUCUGGUUUUCCAGUUCAUUAUAUCAAUCUACCCCAAUUUGGUGCCUUCUAGGUGCAUUGGGCUACAACUCCCAUCACUCUAGGUCAGCACGGGCAGUUGCUGAAUGGCCCGAGCAAAGUGGAAAGUGGAGGAGAGCUAUACUACACAAUUGUCAGGCUAGUUAGAUCUGUGUCUGAGCUUCACUGCUUUUGAUUGUCCUUCUGAAGAGGGCUAGGCUCAUGGGAAGGGGCAGAUCAUUGGUCCAUCAACUUCAGUAUUGUCUAUAUUGAUUGGUGGUGGAUUUCCAAGAGUUCAGGCAGGACUUUUCUUGACUGUGGAGUCCUUGGCGCUCUCUG